AAGCACGUCUGAACCAUUUCCCUCCCCCCCCCCCUCUCUGAUACAGCAAUCACCCUCGCUUCCCUUCCCUCGCCUUUUGCUUCCCUUGCUUCCCUUGCUUCCUUGCCUUUUCUCCCCACCUUCUUUCCUUCCUUGCUUCCACACACGACGACGACGACGAUGCCCGGCAAGCCCAAGCGGGCCUUUAGCCAGCCGUUGGACGGCCAGCACCCGGACCACCACAACCCGCCCAUCGCCGUUGUGCCGCCACACUUGCAGCAGUACUUGCCCACCAGCAGCGCUGCCGCUGCCGUCGCCACCACCACAAGCAGCACCACAAGUAGCAGCAGCAGCAGCAAGGCGGCACGCAAGAAGACCAGGCGAAAGAGCACCAGCAGUGGCAGCGGCGGCGGCAGCAGUGGCAGCUACGGGCUUCGCCGCAUGAGCGCCUCGCAGCCAACCACCCAGCCCCGGCCCGUGCCCAUGCGCCCUCGACGUGGCGCGCCCCGCGCGUUCCCCUCCCAGUUCCAUCGCCUCCAGGCAAGCGGCGCCGCCAGCGCGCUGUGGAGCCCAAUGCACAUGCGCUACAGCGCGGCUGAGCUGCUGGACACCACCUCGGACAGCAACUGCGUCACCUCCGCCGACGACGACGAGGACAACGAGGUGGACGAGGUGGACGAGGAGGCCGUCAUCCACAACCCCCCAGAUGACGCUGGCGACCGCGCCGUCUUCACGCAGCACGCGCCCUACGCGUCCGCCUUCACCUUCACCUCCACCCCCACCAACCCCAGCAGCAGCAGCAGCAGCAGCAGCAGCAGCAUUUUCGGCUUUGCGGGCGCCGCCCUGCACAACGACAGCACCGGUCACGAUGAUGAUGAUGAUGGUGAUGAUGGUGAUGACGACGAUGGCACGGCAAUGGACAUGGACAUGGGCAUGGACAGCCACGCCGCCGAUGACGACGACGACAGCGAUGUUGAUGUGGACGAAGGUGAUCUGGCUGUGCUGAAGGUGGCACAGGUGGCACAACAGGCUGCAGGAAGCCAGAGCAGGCCCAAGCCGGCGCUUGCGCAGACGCAGCCCAUUGCAGCCGGCAUCGCCGCCUUCCAAUCGCCGUGCGCGCCUCGCACGCGGCGCCGCGUCACUCCUCGCCUCAGCAUCAGCCAUGGCAGCGGUGGCAGCCCGCAGCAGCAGACUGCCGGGUGCCCUGCGUGUGCCGAGGAACCGCGCCCCAACAUGGUCUGGUUUGUGGGCCACCAACAAGGGCACUGCGACGAGCACGUGCACGUUGUUGCGCGGGACGGGCCCAAGGAUGCGCUCAAGAUCCGCCACUACCUCGCCCGCCGCAGCAAUCCAGGCGUGCCGUGCAGGAUGCUGACGCUGCCUGAGGAAAUGGUGCAGGCGAAUUGACCUAUCCCACCGCGAUGACACCCGCUCACGUUCUCUCUCUGUCUGUCUCUCUGUCUGUCUCUCUCUAUUUCUCCUUUGUAUCAUCUCCUGUGCAAUGGCCAUCCCCGUGUGCCUGUCCUGCAGACACACACGCGUUUGUUUUUCUCCCUGUGGCACACAGAGCGCUGGGCGUUCUCCGUUGCUUCGUGUAUGUGCGCGUGUCUGUGUUUGCGCGCGUUUCGGUGCGUUGUCUUUGCGCAUGCGCCGCGCUGUUCUAACUGCUUUGCUGUUCUCUCUGCUGCUUGGCACUUUGUUGUAUGGUGUCUUUUAUUUUCCACCACCAUUUCGUGCCCACAAUGUGACAUUGUGACUGACCUGCUUGAUGACCUAACUGAAGAUAUGUGCGGCUGGCUUCCUCCUGCUGCUGCUUUGCUGUUAAAUGUUGUUUGAUGUUUAUUGUUGCUGCUGUUGGUACAUAGUGCCUUGCCUGUCCCCGUGUUAUUUUUGUGCUCGCCCACACGGCAACCUCGCGCCCUCUCGCUCCCCAUGCACUGCUGCGACUGGGCAUGCGUGCUCCUCGUGCUUCUGGUGUGACGCGCUUCCCACAGCUGCGCCUUCACCACACACACGCAUGCACGCAUUUGCGCGCCCUUUUUUUUUCCUUUGGUUUCUACGCUGCCACUGGUGCUCGUGCACACUUGGCAGUGCACAUGAAACAAUGGCGUGUGAUGUGACAGUCACUCUACCCUCCCUCUUCUCCCUCCUUCCUUUGCCCCGCUGCAUGUUGUGUUCAUGAUCACAUGCACCAUGCAUUGCUGCCGUCACGUGCAUGUCGCAGGGUCGUUUGUCGUUUGUCGUGUGCGUGUUUGAGCCUACUGAAUCGUCGCUUCCGUGUUGUUCUUUUCUGAAACAUUAAACUACGCCCCCCCCAUG